CUGUACAUUCUCUGUCACUCCAUCCAUCCAUCCUCUUGUUCUGCAACUCCCCACUGUACUCUGUACAACUCAUCUAUAAUUAAGACGCUGUUCGGUUACACAAUGACCAAUCUCUGCCCAAUCCUGCUGCAUCUCUCAGGCCUGCAUACGACACAUCACUUGUUCUCUCAUGAACCUCCACCGCUCUGUUUUCUUUCAAGGUGUAUCCCCCCCCUGAAAGCCCUGAAAGGAGGAAGAAAAAGAAAGGAAAGAGAGAAAGAUGAGGUGGGCAGAAUGGAUCGAUCAACCGCUCGCGGAAUGCCGGGUCAUCGUCGUGGUCUGUCUGGUGUCAUGGACCCUGUCCCGGCUUCACUGGAGCCCAGUCUGGCUGUUGCUGGUGCUGGCCGUCUGUCGUACACGGCAUCGAGUGUGUCUGGGGCGCACCGAACGCAGCCUCCGCGACGAGCUGGAGCGGCAAGAGGCCCGUCAACGGUCCCAGACACACGGCGAGAGCGUGGAAUGGGUCAACGGCCUGCUCGACAAGCUGUGGACGCAGUACGAGCAGCCGCUGUGUGCGCGGGCGGUGCGAUACAUCAACGGCGAGCUGGCGGCGACGGCGUCAACGCAACAGAUCGUGCUGGGGGCGGUGGAAACGUUUCCCCAACCGCUUCGGUGGAACAGGGUGCGCGUGUCCUCUGCGUCGCCGGGGUCGGCGAACCUCAUCCUCGAGGGCGAGUUUGAGAUCGAGAUUGCACCGCCGCUCGUCCACCGUCACCGUCGCCAUCGCCAUCGCCAUCGCAGUCGCAGUCGCAGUCGCAGUCGCCAGUUGCUGCGUAGGGGGCAGGCGCCGCUCGUCGCCCUCAGCAUCCGCUACAACCAGACAGCAGUUGCAGCGGGCCAACACGAUCUCGCCGUCCAGAUCUACCGGUUUUCCAGUCGGGGGAGGGUGCGUGUCGAGCUGGUCUUGGAUGCCGAGCAGCCGCAGAUUCUUCCACCGCAGAUUGAACUGGCGGAUCGGCCAGUUCUGGAUUGCACGUUGCGGACUCUUCAUCAUGAAGAUCAUGAUCUUCAUGAUGAUGAUGAUGAUGAUGAUGACGAGAGGGGUGGUAAACACCGUAAACACCUUCACUUUCCCUUCCAUUUCGCACAUCAUAUCGACUGGCGACGGGUGGUUGAGUCGCAGAUCCGCGCAGGACUGGGCAGGGCGUUCCAUGAGCCUCUUGCCUUGACGGCGUUUUGGUUGCGGUUGACGAGGUGGUUCUGGCAUUUCCAUGAGGAGAAGCAGGUCAAUUAGGAGUUUCUGACAGAAGAUAGAAUUACAGUAAGCAAGA